AUGAAAGGGACGUGCGACUUUUCGAGGGCGCCCCUGAAUGUGUCUUGCAGUGAGAAUGAGAUAGUGGCUUUGCCGGGCGGGGAGGGCGCCAUGGUAAGCGGCACCACCGGGAGCACCGCUAACGAUGAACGCGCGCGGCACUGCGUGCAGUUCACGAAAGGAUUCGACGUGCUGACCUUCGUUUGUCCCAAGAGGAGCAGCGAGGACUACAGCGGAGUGGAGAUCAGACCGAUGAGCUGCUUCGAAACAGUCCGACGGACAGACGGAACCAACCAGCAGUUGAGUGAAGUGCUAAAAGGGGUGCAGCUGGAAAAUAGGGACACAGACUUGUUAAGCAUCAGGAGGGUUUUUAUCCCACCGACCAUUUACCAGAAUUUUAUUUUUGAAUGCUCAUGCGAUAAUAGCUUGACGUUUUGGAAGAACAAGAUGGGGGCCAGGGGCAUCAUGCGCGUUCACCUGAGGAGGAACAUCCUUUUUGGCUGCGACUUUGACCACACAGGGGGGGUGGAAUAUACAGGAGGUCUGGGGGGGGAGCUGCCCAUGGCAGAUGAAGCUAGUGUAGGGUCGGCAUACGAUAGGUCAGCUGGCGGAGGGUCGGCAGAGGAUAGGUCGGCUGGCGGGGGGUCCGCCGACGAUUGGGCCUUCUGGCGGAACGCUGGCCCAAGUGCAGAGGAACUCGCGGAGAAGAACAAAACGGCCUUCACAAAUUUCUACCCCCCCGGGGAAGUGAGCCUCGCCAAGGAGAAGGGCCUCGUGUGCGACGUGAAGAUAACGAAGAGGGAAGUGUACCUGGGGCUGGUGUGCCCCCCCGGCUAUGAGAUGUACCCGAGCAAUUGUUUCGAGAGGGUGCUACAGAAAGAUGGCAGCAUCGUAAGGGUGAGCGAGUUGCUCAAACACGACGUUUCGUUUCAUGCGGACGGCAACAGGAGGAUGUCCUUUGCCACGUUUACUCUUAACAGGAAUGAAAACCCCCAGGGGUUUUCCUGCAUGUGCCUUAACGUGCAGGCCCCCGAGGCGCCGCCCCUGCAGGCCAAUUUCGCUUUCCACAACUACGAGUCCGCCGGCGUUCGCUUCGGUUUGCCCUGCGCCUUGGUCGCGCUCGUCCUGCUGGCGCUCUGCCUGUGA